AUGAGGGGUUCCAUACAUAUGUUGACUCUGUCAUAUUAUAGUAAGCCUUUAGAAGAAAGUAUGGCUUUACGAGAUAUUAGAAUUCUUGUUGCAAUAGACUUUGGAACUACUUUUUCUGGUUUCGCGCCAGGACGACAAGGUAAUCCUAAAACACCUACAGCAAUUCUAUAUGAUAAGGAAUAUACGAACGUUAUAUGCUGGGGAUAUUCGGCAUUGGAAGAAGAACCUGAUGAAGAAUUGGAUGAUCCGGAAGAACGUCCACCCAUUGUGGAUUAUUUAACUCAAAUGAGGAAAUUAAUCAAAGAAACUCUUGAGAAACGAUGGCCUACUAUCAAGUUUCCUCAACAAGUUGAUCUUGUAUUUACAAUUCCUGCUGAAAUCAUGAGAGAAUGUGCAUAUAACGCAGGAUUAUUGACCUCCAUUGCUUCAAACAACAUCGAUUUUACUACGGAACAUUCCUUCUUUGUAGCUGAUUGUGGUGGUGGUACAGUAGAUUUGACAUCACGAAAACUUCUACCAGAAAAUAAAUUGAGUGAAAUUACUGAGCGCAUCGGUGAUCUUUGUGGCAGCACAUUCGUUGAUAAAGAAUUUUAUCAUGGCUUGGUAGAAAAGUAG